GUUAUUUGUUGACUAUUACGCAGGUGCUUGUGAGAUACAAAACAUUCUACGAUGUCAGAACCUGCUCAAGAAGUGUUGAUAGACAAGCCUCCAUCGUAUGACGAAGCUGUUCAGGGUGAUCAAUAUGACCAGCCUUUUAAAGGUAAUAUCGGCCAAACAAAUCAAGGAAGUAGUCAAUCUGGAUUGAACACUGGCGGCUACACAAGUUACGGCUCCACCUUCUCGCCUCAAACUCAAGUCAUUCUGGUCGGUGGUUGUCCAGCCUGUCGGAUCGGCGUGUUGGAGGACGAAUUUUCCGUACUCGGAAUUUUCCGUCUUGGUGUAAAACUUGGGUCUGCAGCCGUCUACCACAAAACAAAUCGCGAAACUGUGGUUGAAAUAACUGAUUCUGUCCGUGGACGCGACGUCUUUAUUCUUCAGUCUGGGAAUAAAGAUGUGAACAACCUGAUUAUGGAGCUGCUAAUAAUGGCGUAUGCAUGCAAAACUUCCUGCGCAACGUCAGUCGUUGGAGUGAUUCCUUAUUUGCCCUAUUGUAAGCAAAGCAAGAUGCGGAAGCGUGGAUGCAUUGUCGCAAAACUGGUUGCUAAACUUAUGUGCAAGGCUGGCUUGACGCAUGUGAUCACCAUGGAUUUGCCUCAAAAGGAACUUCAAGGAUUCUUCGAUUGUCCUGUGGAUAAUUUGCGCGCGUCAUCCUUUCUGCUUGAAUACAUUCAAACCUCCAUACCGGACUACAGAAACGCAGUGAUCGUGGCUAGGAAUCCUUCUGGAGCUACGCGAGCAACAUCGUAUGCUGAACGACUGCGACUUGGCAUCGCAGUGAUACACGGUGAACAGAAGCCCGAUGCGGAAACGGCUGUCGACUACGUGGACGGUCGCAACUCGCCACCUGUGGUGCCCAAGUCUCGGACGAUGGACAUGCACGUUGGGAUGCCGCCGACACUGGCCAAGGAGAAGCCACCGAUGAAUGUGGUUGGUGACGUUGGUGGGAGGAUUGCGAUCAUGGUGGACGAAGUCGUGGACGACGUGCAAUCUUUCAUCGCGGCGGCUGAGAUUUUGAAAGAGCGUGGGGCGUAUAAGAUUUACGUGAUGGCCACACACGGGAUUCUGGCGCAGGAUGCCCCGAUUUUGCUGGAAAAUUCUCCCAUUGACGAGCUAGUAGCUAACAAACGGGUGGUGGUGACGAACACAGUGCCGCACGAGAUCCAGAAGAUGCACUGCCACAAGAUCAAGACAGUGGAUAUUUCCAUGCUCGUGGCGGAAUCCAUCCGUCGCAUCCACAACGGUGAAUCCAUGUCCUACUUGUUCCGGAACACCAGCUUGCGUGCAAUGGCGAUCGAGAUCGAGACUUUACUGUUCUACUCCCAUUUCCGGAAACAGGUGGUUUACACGCAAGCAGCGGUUUAUCUUCAAACCUCCCGAUGCCACAGGGACGAGCGUGGUCUUUUACUGGGACAACUCUCAGUACAAGAAGGGAAACAUGGGGCGUUCGUUGUUUGGGAAGAGUAUGGACGUGACAAAAACGAGGCAGGUGCGGGUGAUCGUCAAGUACCUGAGUUUUCAGUCAAGGGUCAAGCAGUGGGAUUUAAAAACCGAAACGAAUCCGGUUCUGUAGAUUUGCCAGUGAGCGAGGAGAAAUCAUUUAUGAGACCGUUCAGGUACGAGUUGUCAGAACUGAGCAGCUAUAGAACCGGAGAUGAUGAUAAUUCUAUAGUCCUUGUGAUGCGAGAUGGAUCUACUUCGUGUGCACUCAUGUUCCAAGGCGAUGCGAUGGACAACUUCGUUCGUGCUUUAACCAAGUACCUGAAAAUUAAACAAUCCAAACGAGAUAAGAAUUUGUUUUUGGUGAAAGACGUGCGAGAAGACGCGUUGAGCCAGUCCUUCGCCCCGAUGGAUAUUUUUGACGGAUUGUCGGAUAUGCGAGGUUCAGGACCUGCGUUAAUCCGUGGACUGAUCCAUAGUGCGAACGAGAUCAAGAAUGACCCUAAAACUGCAGCGAUGUACGCAUUUUCCAAGGUUUACAACGCCUGGAACAACCUUCAAGGAAUGGAUGACAUGGAAGAAAGACCACCGUCGGAGUUUGACUACCUGCUUCAGCAAACGAUUUCUCCCUCGCAUUCAGCCGAAGAUGUUUCCUGCUCUAAAACUUCCGGCGUUUCUUCCCUCACCGAACACGGAUUCGAGGUGAUCGAAACGUACAAUGUGUCGAUGCCUCCGUUGCCGUCGGUUUCCCGAGGCGAGCCUUUGUCUCGCAGAGAAUGGGAAAGCGAAAUGAUGGACGUAGAUGGCAGAGUGAUUGAGCCGGAUCUCGUCAAGGCGCGUGUUUUCCGCGGCGGAAUUGAGCCGUCGAUCCGGAAAGACGUGUGGAAAUACCUCCUUAACGUGAUUGACUGGAAUGCGACGAUGGUGCAAGCGAAGGCCGCCGAGAAACGCCAACUAGAUUAUUACUACAAGAUGAAAUUCCAAUGGAAAUCCAUCACUGAGGAUCAGGAAACUCGCUUUUCCGGCUACAGGGAUCGUAAAGCACUGGUGGAGAAAGAUGUGUUGCGGACAGACAGGAUGCAUCCGUUUUAUCAAGGGGAUGGCAACAAACACGUGGAGGCUUUGAGUGACGUGUUGAUGACUUACGUCAUGUUCAAUUUCGACCUGGGUUAUGUUCAGGGCAUGUCUGACCUGUUGGCGCCGAUCCUCUAUGUGAUGGAAGACGAAGUCGACAGCUUUUGGUGUUUCAAGGGUUUCAUUGAUCUUGUGGGGAAAAACUUCGAUCUGGACCAAGAAGGAAUGAAGAAGCAAUUGGCGGAUAUGCAGCAAAUUUUGAACGUGGUGGACCCGAAAUUUCUGGCGUAUCUAGAAAACCGGAAAAGUGGGCAGUUGUAUUUUUUGUUUCGUUGGCUACUCAUUUGGUUCAAACGAGAAUUCACCUUUGAUGACGUGCAGCGAUUAUGGGAAGUGUUUUGGACUGGAUUACCGUGUAAAAACUUCCAUUUGCUGUUUUGCGUCGCACUCCUGCAAACAGCGAAGCAUACAAUAACGGAGAAUGACUUUGGGUUCAACGAGAUCCUCAAGCACGUGAAUGACAUGUCAAUGAAGAUGGACGUGGAUGAUAGUUUGGCGAAGGCGGAAGCGUUGUACCUGCAACUUCGCGACGCUCGCGGAGUUCCGAGUGCCGUGAGAAGAAUAUUUGACCUUCCGUCGCAGGAAGACGAAGGGCCUGUCGAUCGGCGUCCGCGAUUGUCGUCGUCCACUCCCAAAAAUCAAAGUCCGGAAUUGGAGAACAAAAGUGAUGUUGAAACAGGUUUCAACUGUGCUCAUUCCACGCGGGUAUUUGAAUUGUUGGCGGUCAAGUAUCACGAGUAUAAGAAAGUAGGAAAAAGGCUCGCAUUCGACUUCUUUCCCCGAACGCCCGAGAAAAUCAUGGGUGGCUUGGCGAAAAUUCAGGCCGCCUUGGGCGAAUUUGGUUUGUUUCAAAAACGGACGUAUGCCUUGAUCGUGAUUCCUUCUCUGUUUUGCGCGAUGAGCACCUUGUCGCAGGUGUUUCUUGCUGCAGUUCCGGAUCAUAGGUGUUACAUUCCUGGAUGCGACGACCAAAUAGCGCCCAAGUUCCUGGAGCCUUGGGUUUCGAAAGCAAUCCCUUUGUUGGACCCAGAUAAAAAAAUUGAUGACCCGGCCAAUUGGAAUCGCUGUAAAAUGUACCAGAGAAACAAUGUGUCUAGGGAUCCUGGGUCAUCCGUGGGCAGCGAAGUGUGUGACCUGAGUUUCGACCAGAGCAUCGUUAUAUCCUGUGAUCGAUGGGUUUUUGAUCCGUCCGAAUUCCCUUCGACGAUCGUGACCGAGUUUGGAUUGGUUUGCGAAGAACGCGGAUGGUUGAUUCCCUUCUCGCAGAGUAUAUUUUUCGUGGGAAUCUUCGUGGGUUCUCUCAUAUUCGGAGGCUUGAGUGACUUUUUCGGGAGGAAACCUGCUUUGGGCAUCGCCAUCUUUGGCAUGGGUGCCAUAGGCUCACUAGUGGCCACCUCAACCAAUGUCGUGAUGUACUCCGUGCUCCGUUUCUUCACUGCCUUGUGCAACCAGGGUGUUUUCAUGAUUUCAUUUGUUCUCGGAAUAGAACUAGUUGGUCCAUCAAAGCGAACCAUGUGUGGAAUCUUAAUCGAAUACGUUUUUGCUGCUGGGGAGAUCUUGUUGGUUGGUCUGGCCCUCGCAUUCCCUGACUGGCGAUCUUUGCAAGUCAUCAUUGCUGCCCCGGUUUUGCUGUGUCUGCUUUACUUCCGGUGGAUUCCGGAAUCGGUGGACUGGCUCAUUUCAAAAGGCAAGUACGAGAAGGCAGUGGAUAUCAUCGAAUGGGCCGAACGAGUCAAUGGUGUAACCGUGCCUGCUGAUGCCAAAAGUGAACUUGUUCCACAGGCAGGUGGCCAUGGCGACAACGUGGCAGAGCCAAGCGGAAUUUCAGCAUUCAAACACCUUUUCGCCUCGAAGGCGCUUGUGAUCAGAGCUUUGAUCGUGUUCUAUUUAUGGGGUGUUGUGAAUUUUGUAUAUUAUGGGCUGAGCUUGAAUCCAUCUUUGCUGGGUGGAAAACUCUACCUGAAUUUUUUACUGGCUGCGGUUGCUGAAUUUCCUGGAUACACGUUGGCAUGGGUUUUGAUGGAGUACUGGGGUAGGAAACCCGCUGUCAGCUUUUCGCUGGCACUUGGUGGUUUGUCUGUGAUUGCGAACGGGAUCCUGGAGAAAUACGGGUACAUGUGGCUCGAUACUACGCUGUUCAUGAUCGGGAAGGUCGGUGGCACAGCAGCUUUCGGAAUUAUUUACGUGUAUACCGCUGAAUUGUUCCCGACCCCUGUGAGAGCUGCGACCAUCGGCGUUGCAUCAAUGUUUUCUCGUCUUGGAGCGAUUUCUGCGCCAUUUGUCAGCCUGUUGGGGCUUUGUGCCGGGUUGAAAAUUGAUGUGUUUCGCGGUGUGCUCUGUGAAAAGUCUGAAAACGGUGAUGAACCCCAGGAAUCCCUGUUGACUGCUAUAAAUUCGGAGGUGGUGCAA